AUGUUAAUCAACUAAUAAGGGAAGUUAUAUGGGAAGAAUAACAUGAAAACUGGAUUAUGUUCAUAAAUACAAGUAUUUCCAAGUCAAUAUGCUAGAUUCGUUUCUACAUCUAUCUCUGCAGUGAAAUGAAGUUUACAUCUGAUGAAAUGUAUUAAUAAUUUGCUAUAAGUUAGCCUAUAGAGGAAAUUUAUGGAUUAAUUGAGUAGGCAGGCAUAUGAGUUGGCUUUUAAGUACACUCAUAAAUUAGGUUAUUUGGAGAAUCCAGCUAAAAAAAAGAAUUAGGCUAAGAUUAGAUUCAGCAACAAAGAAUCAAAAACUUUAGAAGGUGGCAUACUUGAGAACUAUUAAUGA